AUGUCUGAGAAGAAGGCGCGCAAGCGGGCCAAGAUCAAGCGUUGGUUGAGAAGUUGGGUAUUCACUCCGCUGGGUAAGGUGAGGAUCAAGUUGAUCAACAAGACUGAGCGGAAGCGCUGUCGAAGUAUCCCGGACCGUGAGCUCAAUUGGAUCGUUACUGGGUCUCACGCUGAUCGAUAUCCGUCUCGCUUUUAUCGGGGCCGCAAUGGUCGCCAGUUAUCGAACCCAGCGAGGAAGAGGUUCCUGCUUGAGACUGAGGAUAACCUAUCUCUGGUAGAGCUGGUAUUUCCUAUGUCCACACGGUCAGAGAGUUCACAAUACCAGCCUUCUAGACCUGACUUUUGUGUGGCCAACGGCCCUGUGGUUGACAGAGUCGAACUUGCUGUGACUACCGUCCAAUCUGAUUAUCUUCAUGAUCCCCGUGGAAGCUGGCGAGGGGGUGAACAUUCUGUGCUGGGAAUCAUGAAUCCGGACUUGGCUGAAUUGAGUAGUGAUGGUGAAAGGUCUGAGUCGGGCCCCGUUUGUGUAUUUGAGGUUGGUAGAAAUGUGUACGAGCUUUCCGCAGUUAAGGUAAUGAGCCCAAACUUACCUGCAGAGUUAAGUGGUGGAAAUCAAUCUGGGCAGUCACCUUCCCUUUAUGCCGAGUCUGACGGUGAGAUGGCCAAUUUCUCUGUGGUUGAAGAGCUGCCUCCUCAGCUUCCCGAUUUGUAUUUCAUCCAUCAACCCAACCCACCAUUAUGCUGUCUCAUCAGCUCAGCUCUUCAGAACUUGCUCUCACCAGUCCUUUUGGAGAACGGUAUCUGCUCCUGUGCAAAAUUCUCACACAGUAUUGAGCCAUCGAUUCAACAUUUGUCCUCAGAUAUGUCACGGUCAUCCAUCAAGAGGGCCAAGCCCCGGAUGACCACCGCAGAAGUCCUCAUUCGCUAUGCAAAGAGAAGACGAGAUGCCAUCAUAAACAAUAGGUACAUCUCACCAUAUGCUCCUUUACAACCACGACCACUCCGAAUUCGGAAAGAUAAUAAUGUCACCAGCGAACCGCAGCAUGAUGUCCUGCCCGCCAUUCCCGUGGAGACAUCUCAUGAGGUGACAGCACCAGUGCAUCGUCCACGAUACAGUCUCCGCCGUAAGAUUUUUCACGGCGCAUUACCUCCUCUACCUCCUUCGGCACCUACCUCCCUUCCAUUCAGUGGUCCAUCCAUUCCAUCUUCUUCGUCUGAACCAGCAAGACUUAGCUCUCAGGCCCUCGGCAUCUCAUCCACUCCUGCAUCUUCAUCUCGACCAGCAACCAAUGGUCUUCCACAGUACCCUGACCGGCGAACAUCGAUGUGCGGUGGCUGCCUAGAGGGACGACACCGUCCUCUCCACAGCCAUCCAUAUCAUCGGCAUGGCGACAACAACCCGCAAUCUGGAAAUCCCCCGCUGCCAUACCCACUUAGCCCGCGGGAACUACUAAACCGUCUCCCACCUGGAAUUGAUUAUGUUCCACCUUCGCUCAUGGCUGGCCCGCAGUGCCGGCACUGCACGACCCGUCGAUCUGGGAUCGGUUCUCCCCCAGGGUUGGUUGGUCCUCGGGCGUUGAAUCGUGUCUCCGUCUCUCUCUCAGACACCGCACCUGACUCGCCUUGGCUUGGCCCUGUAGGCGCCAUGGCGUUCUAUUCUGACUCUGAGGAGGACUUGCCUUUGCCCGUCGAGUCUGAUCACAUCGAGAGUGUUGGUCCAUCUGGCUUUGAAAUGUGUCUAAUUGCGGGAUCGGCUGCUCAAAGUCGUAGAUACCGUUGA